UCUGAAUCAAGUCGACAACAUCGACGACGGCAGAGAAACCUUGCUCCUGACCACCCACAGAGGGUCUCACAUCGUUCCUCCUGAUUGAGGCUUCCACACCGGUUUUAAACCCGUCCGAAUCCUCUGGUGCCGCCGUGGCCCGAUCGACAACCUUUUGCGGCAGAAAUACCUACCUUUUUUCGUCGAUCGGCCUUUGCGAAUUCUACCUGCCACAGCAUUCAAGCCUGGUCCUUUACGUCGAGACUUUUCCGCGUUCAGUAUACGGACCGUCGGGCUUUCCCAUAUCCCUGUCAGCGGCCCUCCUCGGCGUAUAUCUGGACGAAAAUGCCUCCCAAGGGCGCCUCGACCGCCGUUCAACCCAUCAGACUACAAUCCGUCACACGAUUAAAGAUCAGACACCCAGAUAAACAAGAGCCCAACCCAUGCCUGGGCCCUAUGAGUGCCAUGCUGAAUUGCUGGGCAGCAGGCGCCGCGACCGGAGGAUGCGGACAUCUCGAAAAGGCGCUCCGAGACUGUAUGGAUAAGCCGAGACUACCUCCCAAAGACAAGUCGACGAUCAAUCACCAUCUCGGGAGACUAUAUCCGAACAUUUCUGGGCCGAAGAAGCGGAAAUCGUGAUCCGGCAGUCGAACCAUAUUUAUCCUUCAUAGGAACAAGUUAAGCAAGCAAACUUCAUCUCGAGGGAGUCAAUAUCAGACUACGCUUUCCCGAGAAGCCGGUAUUCAUGAAAAGAGAAGGGAUCGCAAUGCGACCAGGAAUCGUGCGCCAGGGAAAGGUCUCACAUCGAGUAUACGCAUACACAUGUACCGACACUUGUACGAGGACAAACUCCACUCGAUCGGAUGUCACAGUGAUGCAGUGCAAGUCGUGGUCGAAGAGGUCGAAGCGCAAGGCAUUAUAGGGAAAGUUUGCGGAGCAAGCGCUUUCGCACAUCCUCUUACCGUUUCAGCUUAGAGACAGCCGCCUUGAUUGGGACGGAUCGCGAUAGAUAUCACGACCGUGUCGAGAAUUCGCAUUUAGCAGUCCUGGCGGGAAUGGACGUCUGCGGAAUUGUACAAGGGUCAUG